UCGCGAUCCGGAUACAAAGCAGCCAAGGCUUGUUGCUGAGAUCACGAUCAAUCAAAACAAGCUAUCGGCUAACAAAAUUGAUAAGGGGGCAGAUGUGAUGGUACCAUGCCAGAUCGUUUGUUUAGUUACGUUUGUAGUUAUUCAAGCUCUACAUGAUAAUGCCUUCGAAACAGAGUUUUCGUCCUUCGACGAAUUACUUCAGCGUCCAAACUUGGAAGAUGUUGAUUGCAUUGAACUUAGGUGGAAGGAUGAGAUGC